UCCCUUCGAAUCUUCCUCCGUUACAAAUCCCCCCCUCUCCAUUCUGCUCCGCUUCAAAAAAAGCGAAAAUCAGAAAACACCGAACAGAAAAACAAGAGACGACUCAUAACAAUAACAGAAACCUUGAAAGAAAAUGAGAUCAAUGAAUUCGCGUUUUUUACUCAUUGAUCUACAAAGCUCAUGUUAUUCAGCUCGGCAAAUCCCACUAUCAACAACCCUCACUUACCUCUCAACAAUCACUUCAUCAUUUCGUCAAACACGUGGUGUGCAGCGUCGAAUUGCCUCCUCAAAGUCACCCACACCGUCGUUUGUACGGGCUCCGGAGAUACGGAGACCGGGGGAUCGGUACAGGACAGGAAAUGAGUCGGUGAUCGAUUUGGAGAAUUCCGCUUCUACUUCGAGUUCAGUGAAUAGUAAUAGCGAGUUGGAUUUGUUUCUUGAAUUGUUGCCGUGGAGAAUGAAGAGUGAGUUAUCUCGGCACAGAGAGAUUGGUGAGUUGAUUGAAGUGGUAAUGGAUUUGGGAAGGAAGCCUAUUGCCAGAUUUCCAUCUGGGGAUUUUGUCAUUUGUGAGCAGCCAGUGAGGCAUGAGGAUUUAAAGCAUGCUAUAUCAAAGGUUGGUGAUUUUUCUGAUGACAACCGUUCGGGUAUUGAUAGUUCUUUGCAUCGUAUAAGUGCCAUUCGAAACCGUAAGAUGCAAAUUAUUGGCCUUACUUGUCGGGUUGGUCGUGCUAUAUCUGGAAGUGCUGAAAUUAUCCGUGACUUGGUUGAGGGGGGGAGUUCUAUCUUGGUCAUAGGUCGUCCAGGAGUGGGUAAAACAACCUUAAUCAGAGAAAUAGCCAGAAUGUUGGCAGAUGACCAGCGAAAACGUGUUGUAAUUGUAGAUACAUCAAAUGAAAUUGGGGGUGAUGGGGAUGUUCCUCAUGCAGGAAUAGGUUGUGCAAGGAGGAUGCAAGUUCCAAAUGUUAAUAUGCAGCAUAAUAUCAUGAUUGAAGCAGUUGAAAAUCAUAUGCCCGAGACCAUCAUAAUUGAUGAGAUUGGAACAGAGCUUGAAGCCUUAGCUGCCAGCACUAUUGCUCAACGUGGAGUUCAGCUGGUUGGAACAGCCCAUGGAAUGACCAUAGACAACAUAAUAAAGAAUCCUUCUUUGCAGAUUCUUGUUGGAGGCAUAGAGAGUGUAACUCUCGGGGAUGAGGAAGCAAGGAAAAGGAAAGUGCAGAAGACAAUUCUUGAGAGGAAAGGACCUCCAACAUUUACAUGUGCUGUUGAGAUGAUAACUAGAACAGAGUGUCGUGUUCAUCACAGAUUAGAUGCUACAGUAGAUGCUAUAUUGGCUGGAAAAUCUCCUCUGUUUGAAAUCCGACACGUAGAUACUAAGGGUGAUGAUUCUCUUAAGUUAAUUCCAAUACUUCAAGAGAACCUUAUAGAAGAAAGUGAUGAUUCUCUCAAGUCCAUUUCAAUACCUCAAGAGAACUACGUAGAAGAAACUGAGGUGAUAGCUAGUGAUAAAGAAAGAUGUGAUGAAAUUGAGUCUGAUGAGGAAGAUGAAGAUUAUCGUCCAAAACGAUCCAAAACAUGGAAAUCCAGUGGAACUGAGCGCAAGAGGAAUUCACCAGUAUGCGUAUACACUUGCAAGAUUGUUGAUUCUGAUCUACUACAAGUGGCAAAAGUAAUGGCGAUAGAGAAUGAGAUAGAUGUGACUGAUGACAUUGGAGCAGCAGAUGCAAUACUAGCAUCCAGUUCAGAAAUGAAGCAGAACCCAUGGAUCCGUGGUGUUGCUAAAUACCACCAUUUACCUGUAUUUGUUAUCAAGUCAAAUACCAUGGCACAAAUGGUGAAGGCACUUCGUAUGAUUCUUGGAAUGGAAUCGCUUGGCUCUUCAUUACAACAGCCACUCAAAAGUUCUUUCGACAUAGAAAUUGAAGAUGAUGCACCAAAAAGGAAACCUACCUUGGAAGAGAUUGAUGCCUUGGAGGAGGUUCGCCUGGCAAUUGAGUAUAUUGUCAUCCCUGGCGGAGAGCCAGUGGAGCUUCUUCCUAGACGCUCUGAAAUAAUUGCUCGGCAGCUAGAGCUCGUGGAAAGCUAUCAGUUAACAGCAGAAAAUUCAGGCACUGAAGUUAACCCUAGGUUGCAGAUUCUUCCCAUGAGGACAAACAAGAAAACAACAUCUAGACGUCCAAAAUCUAGUUCAACUUCACAGGCAGUGACAAGCUUGGAAUCAUUAACUGGAAGCAGUGGCACUAGUGUCACCAGGCUGCCCCUUCUUCCUGAAUAAUCUACACCACCUUCCUAAUUCUUACAAAUUUCAUUGCAACCACUGGUUGAUACAUGUUCAUUUCCUGUACAGUCGUGUAAAUUAUGUAUCUCUUGAGAUGCAAUUAUUUAACGUUGUUAAUGUGUAAUUCUAUUAUUGUCACUGUUUCAUCAAAUGGAAAAUCAUAAUCUCUCAUUGCAAUUCA